AAUGCAGGAGAAUGGCACCAGUAUGAUGAUAUCGUCUGUAAAGAACCAUCUAAAGAAGUGAUGAAACGUAUAAAAGAAUUUCUGUGGUCUAAGCAGAGGAAAAAAAUAAUCGAGGGAAGAGAAGUCGCUGGUUCAUUCAUGCUGCAAACUAUCUUUGACCUCCUGAGAAGCUGGAGCACAAUUAACCUCGGCAACUUCUUUUGUCAGCUGCAACAGUUUUAUGAAGUCUAUGGCAACCCUUUUGUAUUUGAAAAGACAAUUGUGAAAUGGGGCUCACUUGAAUAUGGUGAAAAAGAUGUGAAAAAGCUUCUGAAGGGGUUCAUGCUGGAGUGGGUGAUUCCAGAGCUACAGAAAGACCACAAAGGGAAGAAUGCAUUCAACAUGGAGCCACUGAAUGCUGCUCUCAUUUUGCUCUAUGUGUGGGGACGGUAUAGUCUAGAAUUAGACAACAGGACUCUUUCUCAUCUCUGCACUGCCCUCUGCCUGCCAAAAUUACCUAAGGAAGAGUUCCUGUCUUUCUGGGCUGGCAUAACAGAAUCAUUUUCAAUAAUAAACACCUUUAGAUUGUCUGACAUGGUGGAGGCGCUGAUCAACAGGGUGAGAGGAGAGCACACGUCCAAUUGGAUCAUCGUCAUUCCACUGCUACACCUUCUCAAAGGCACUUCAGAACCAUUUCAGCCAGUGCUUAAUCAAGUCAAUGCACAAUAUGAGAAGUGCUGGGUUGGCCUGCAGGGACUCAAAUUGGAGUAUGUAAAAAAUCGAAGGGCAAUGUUGGAUCUCAUGAAGGCACAUGCACACUUGGUGGAGCUGGACAGACUGCUGGCACGGUCUUGGAUGUACUUGAUGACUUUAGAUGAGUUGGUCGAGUGUGACUCCUUCAUCCAUGCAGAGCUCCUGGACAUCCUGCAGCUUUUCACCAUGAAAUGCCCCAAAGAAAUCUCAAACAGCACUUCAACAAGCGUUUUGAAGAUUCUGGAACACAUUCAGCUUCACUUGCUUGAACAAAGAUACAGCUGUCUGAAUGAGGAUUAUGGCAUUCAGUGCAUUCAAGCAGCUUGCAAACUUCUAGAGAUGAUCUGCAAAAGAGUCAGUCAUGCGCUUACUGAUAUUCCUGUUGCUUGCAUGAACCUUGUGGCUGCUGUGUCAGGAUUUGCCCAGACAACACAACAAACGGACACUUUCUCUGAGAAGACUUGUGAGUUACUCCGUUAUGCCAAGCAAACUGUCAGAAGAUGGAUUGGACAAACCUUCCGAGGCAGACUUAUAAACACAAGUUAUCAAACGGCUGCCAGCUUCACUAGAGAGAUUGAGAUGUGGAAUAACAUUGUAUCCAUUCAAUUCGUGAGUAAGGACUUUACUAAAGAAUGGAGAGAGACUUUUACACGGGACUUUGAGGGAAAGUAUCAAAAGGAAGAUCCUCUGGACCAAAUCCAGGUUUAUUGCUCAAAGGUUGAGGAACUUCAUGUCUCCAAGCCUUUUUUGGUGGGUAGCGUGGAGAAGUGUGCUCUCCAGGCUGUUGCUGCACAAUGUCAGGAAGAUCCUCUGGACCAAAUCCAGGUUUAUUGCUCAAAGGUUGAGGAACUUCAUGUCUCCAAGCCUUUUUUGGUGGGUAGCGUGGAGAAGUGUGCUCUCCAGGCUGUUGCUGCACAAUGUCAGAGACACGUGGAUUUUAAAAAGGAGCGUCUUGACAGCAUUGAUGAUGAGUUGGUGCAGGCAAAAAUUGUGCUUGUGGAAAUCACAGAAUCCCGCAGACUGUGCCUUCAGGAGCUCAGCCGCAGAAAGAAUUUUGUCACGUGGGUAAAAGAGGUGCUUCAAGACAUCAAUGAGUUGAAAGUAUUUGUGGAUUUGGCUUCCAUCUCUGCCGGAGAGAAUGAUAUGGAAGUGGAUCGUGUGGCCUGUUUUCAUGAUGCAGUCCUUGGCUACUCCUCAAUGCUCUAUGAUUUGAAGCCAGAUGCUGACUUCAAGCUUUUUAAAGAGACGCUGAAGAAUCUAUGGAAGGCGCUUGACAAUGACCGCAACCUCCCAAAGAAACUGAGUGACUCUGCAAGACACUUAGAAUGGUUGAAGACAGUCAAGGAUAGUCAUGGGUCAGUGGAGACCUCAUCUCUGUCUCUGGCAUCAGCUAUCAACAUGAACGGCAUCUACAUUAUUAGUGCACAAAAUCAAAAGUUGUGCUUGGAAGAUAUUCUGAAGUUACAUAUUAUGGAAGAGCACGAUGAGGGCUGUGAGACACGCAUUUAUUCUUUUGAAGACCUCAGGGAACUUCAGAAUAAAUUAAUGCUAAUGUCGGGCAAAGGGGAUCAGGGCCAGCGUGAAGUCAAUCGAUUUGCAGAGGUCUUUGCUAGUGUACAGAGGUUGGCCUGUGCAUUUAUUGAUUUGUUUGUUGCUGGAAAUCCAUUGUUCAGACACUGGAAGGCAAAGAUCAACUGUAAUAGUAAAGAAGAAUGCAUCAUUAUGGACCUCGAUUUAGGAAGUGUUGUUAGUGUCAUGAUUGAAGGUGAUGUCACAGAACAGUUGCCGGAAGUCUGCCGGAAAAUGGAGAGCUGUUUAUGCUUCUGGAAGGCUUUUAUGGAUAAGCAGAGAUCUCAGCAUUAUUACUUAAACUAUUUUACGUCAGAACAGGUGGUCUACCUGUGCAGCCAGCUCACCCAGAAAAACGACACUGAAUUGAAAGAUCAAGUUCUUAUGAUGCUCUCCUUUAUCAAACCUAAUUGGUCCUUUUCAGAUGUGACACAAGCUUGGCACAGGCUUCAGUAUGAAGUAAUUAAGAAGGACCUUAGGCAAAAUGAUGACUUAGAAUUUCAAACGUUCGCAGAAGUUCCCAGCAUGAUUAAACAUGAUUUGAAUACUGAUGAGCCAUGUGCAUUGUUUGACAACUUGGCAAGUCAGCUGAGGCAUGCUAAUGGGUCAGAAAAGCUAGAUGUGAUUUGGAAUGCUUACAUGCGAGACAUGAACAACUUCCUGCCAGACUGCCUUGACGUCAGAAGCCUUGGAUAUCUUCUUGAAAUGUUAGCCAACAGCCCCAGUCAAUAUGAGAGUGAUUCCAAACAGGAUGAGAAAACAAGUAAUAUUCAGAGAGAACUGCCAAAUGGAAUGGCUACUGGAAAACCAAAUCUGAUAAUCUGCCCUUCUGAAGAAAUUCUAAUAACAUGUAUUUCAAUGUACAUGAGAAGCAGAAAAGAGCCUCUACCAACCUAUGAUGAAGUACUUCUCUGUAGCGCUUCCACUCCAUAUGAAGAAGUGGAGCUUUUCCUCAGGCGUUGUCUCUCUGAUGGCUAUAGGGGAAAGAAAAUAUACACAAUGCUCUAUGUGGACCAACUUACCUAUGAAGUGAGCUACAAAGUGGAGCAGUUUUUUCACCAGCAAAAUGCACAAAGCAGAAAUGAUUACAGACUGGUGUUGGUCUGCAGCUCUAAUAAGGAACAUGCAUACCUUCCCUCUGCUUUUAGUCAGUUUAGAUUGCACUUGGUUCCCCAAGAACCUAUGAUCAAUAUUCAGCAAUACCUUGUUAGGCAUUUUACAGUCCCAGCUGACAUAUCCAGUGCUGCUGCUGUGUUCAAAGACAGACAGUUUGUGGGAGUUGUAUUCUCUGAAAGGUCAGGAGUCGGGAAAUCACUUUACGUUAAACGAAUGCAUGAGAAAUUAAAAACGAUCACCGAUAAUCCUACACAGCUGAAGUGCAUCAGGUUAACUGAGCCGAGAGUUGAUGAAAAUAUCAUCCUUAAGUCCUUGCUCAACAACUUCAAGAAACGGGAACUUUCAGUUUAUCAUUUUGACAUCACCACCAUGGUGAAGACAGGACUUCAUGAAUUUCUGUUUAGGCUAUUGAUUCUUGGUUACCUCAUAGACUCGGAAGGAAAUAUGUGGAAAAGGAAUAAUGAGCACCUGUAUGUAAUUGAGAUACUAAGACCAGAUUGCAGCACAUCACAACGUGACAGAAAAACUGGUGCUUUCAUGGAUGUGUUUCAAAGUGUUUACUGCCGUCCACCUAAAGAGGUCCUUGAGCUAGAAAUGAGAAUCCAGGAAGAUCCGUCAUUAGUAGAGGGUGAUGAUCCCCUCAUGGAUGACCAAGAGUUCCAAAGUGAGGCCUACCAGCGGCCUUAUCAGUACCUGCAACGUUUCUACAAUGGUAUUAAUUUGGAUACCUUCAGGUACCAAGGAGUUGAGGGCACUCAUGUUGAAUGCCUUCAGAUGUUGUUUGUGUACUGCGGCAUCGUAGACCCGUCUUGGGCAGAGUUGCGGAAUUUUGCUUGGUUCCUAAACUUACAACUUAGGGAUUAUCAGAGGGAUACUGAAAUAACAAACCCAAUUCUAUGGUCAUUAAUUAUGGCUGUUGGUGUCUGUUACCAUGCCUGCUUGGAGGAUAAACAGAAAUACAGAGAAAACAUUUGCAGACACCUUCCAGAGACCUACAGCCCAAUGAAAGUGAUGCAGGAGAUCUCACUUAUUCAGGAUCUUUUCCUGAGUGGAGUUCCAUUGGGUGAAACUAUUGCCCGAAACAAUGCCUUGAAGGAAAAUGUCUUCAUGAUGGUUAUUUGCAUUGAACUGAGAAUACCUCUCUUUUUGGUUGGAAAACCUGGAAGCUCUAAAUCUUUGUCAAAAACUCUAGUUGCAGAUGGCAUGCAAGGCCAAGCAGCUCAUUCGGAUUUGUUUAAAAAGCUAAAGCAAAUUCAUCUUGUUUCCUUCCAGUGCAGUCCUCACUCUACACCAGAUGGGAUCAUCAAUACAUUCAAGCAGUCUGCCCGUUUUCAGAAAGACAAGAAUCUAUCAGAGUAUGUCUCGGUGGUAGUGCUAGAUGAGAUAGGCUUGGCUGAAGAUUCCCAGAAAAUGCCCCUGAAAACUUUACAUCCUUUGUUGGAAGAGGGAUGCAUAGAUGACCAGCCAGUACCGCACAAGAAGGUUGGAUUCAUCGGUAUCUCUAACUGGGCUUUGGAUCCAGCCAAGAUGAAUAGAGGGAUAUUUGUUUCACGUAGUGAUCCUGAUCAAACGGAAUUGAUUAAUACUGCUGAAGGAAUAUGUUCCUCGAAUCCCAUGAUCCUUGAGAGGGUAAGAGAGUACUUUCAGCCAUUCGCCUGCGCUUACCUGAACAUCUGUAACGAACAAGGCAGAGGUUUCUUUGGUUUGCGAGACUAUUACAGCUUGAUAAAGAUGAUAUUUGCUGUUGCCCAAACUUCAGAACAGAGGAAGAAGCCUAGUGCAGAACAGAUUGUGACAGCUGUGCUGAGGAACUUCAGUGGCAAGGAUAAUGUGGAUGCUGUUGCAGUUUUCACCAGCAAACUAAAUAUCAAACCCAAACUUGAGAAUGUCAGUACCAUUGAGCUUGUAAGAGAGAACAUCACAGCCAUUGGUCAAGAUGAGGAAUGCAGAUACCUGCUGGUUCUGACCAAAAACUAUGCAGCCCUUCAAAUUCUUCAGCAUAUGUUUUUUUCAGACCUCUCAGAGAAGACCAUCUUGGUUCAAAACUACAUUGCAGUUGACAGCAAUGUGGGUUGCACCAUGCCUUUCAGCUGGAGAAUUAAAGAUCAUCUAGAGGAACUCUGGGUACAUGCUUUUCAGCAAGAAGGACACUCUCUAGAUCAAUUUGAAGAGUUUUUUUGGAAGAUCCCCUUGGGCGGGUACAUCUCUGAAGCAACCCAAGAGAUGCAGAUGGAAUUUUUCCACAGGUAUCUCCAGGAUUUCAUCUCCAUGACCAUGAAAGUAACAUCAGUGGUGAAUCUCGAGCUCUUAUGUGGAGCCCUUACUUGUGGUGUAAAUGAGCUUAAGGGUAGUCAGGAAAUCCAUGAGAGUGAAGUUAUUUCUCUGCCGUGGGUUCAUGCUGCCUACCAUCGCUUCAAGAACCGAAUACAGAACGUCUACAGGAUGAUCAGUAUAGAGCCUCAGAUUGCUCAGAGGCUUCUAGAUAACACAUGUGCCAGAGAAGGAACAGAACUGGUGUUAGAUGUGUACACUGCAUUGGCCUGUAUUGAAUGCCUGGAGCCCCAGGCUCUAGAUGAAGAUGGUCAAAGUCUGGCCUGGCUUAGACGUGUUAAAAAGCUACAGGUGCCAAUUGAGCUGGUCUGCUGUGAGGAGAGCCUUCGCCACUAUGGAGAGAAAAGCAACCGGAUUGUCACUCACAUCCAACAUGGCUGGCAUCGCAUAUACUCUCUGGCCUUGUUUGUGCAGCACAUGCUACUGGGUGUCGAGGAUGUGCAUUCGAACCUCAGGCCACUGGUUCUUGACCACACACGACGCCUAGCACAAGUCCUGGAGCAAGACUCGGACCUCAAAAACAAGCAGCCGUUUGAGGCAGCGGUCAUCAUACUCAAAGCUUGCAAAGAUGAAGCAUCUCAGAGCAUUUUUAGGUUUGGCAGUCAGCUUUGUCCAGUGUGCAUGGAAGAUCCGCAGGACCCUUUGAGUCUGCCCUGUGACCACAUCUUCUGCCUGACCUGUAUCAAACAGUGGCUGGUGCCCGGUCAGAUGCUCUGUCCUCUGUGUCGCCUUGAAGUGCCUGAUGACUUUGAGCUCAAGGCCUCUGAGACAAUACAGGGUCUGAUCCAUCAAAAUGCAUUGUUCAGAAAGCGAUGCAAUGCCUUCUUCAUUGAUCUGGUGUCCACCAUGUGCUUCAAGGACAGCACUCCUCCCAGCAUGGACAUCAUCCAACAUCUGCUGUCCCUCCUGAUGGUAGAGGCCCGCUCGCUCCCUCAGAUUAGAGGGCAAGACCGCAAGUUCUUGACUAAGCCUUUUUCUCCCUUCGAUGACUCUGUGGAUAAAAAUCCAGUGGUGCGUUCAGUGGUGCUGAAACUCCUGCUCAAGUACAGCUUUGAUGAUGUGAAGCACUAUCUUCAGCAGCAUCUGACAGAAGUUGAGCAAAGCAACAUCAUUCAGGAGACUGAUAAAACCGAGCUUUAUUCCUUGUACAUAAAUAGUUUGGAGGUGUGUGCACAGGAUGAUCCUCCAUCCAUUACCUCAGUGUUUUUGAACAGUGUGAAUGAUCUAUGCUGCCAGAGCAGUAAUGACUGGUACAGGGUUUACCUCAUCAGAAAGAUCUGCAGCCUUCAUGGGGUUGAAUAUGUCCAGAAACUUCUGUCACAGAAAGAGUUCAGGUGGCUGUUUCCUCAGGAGAUUCUUAAUAUGAAUCAAGAUGACAACAAAAUUGACCACUAUGUGGCAUGUGGACUGGACUACAAAACUAUUAGAGAUGCAGUAGCCAAAGCCAUGAGGGAUUGCGACAUGAAUGAAAUACAGAAAGCGAUUGAGCAUUGCAAAAGCACACCCAUGAAGAAAGCUGUUUAUCUGCUAAUGGCUUUGUUCAGAGAAGUCACCUUCCUGUACAGAAAUGGAAACCCCAACUCGGACCCUAAAUCUGAGAAUCAAGAUGACAACAAAAUUGACCACUAUGUGGCAUGUGGACUGGACUACAAAACUAUUAGAGAUGCAGUAGCCAAAGCCAUGAGGGAUUGCGACAUGAAUGAAAUACAGAAAGCGAUUGAGCAAGAUUUUAUCAGAAGCACAGACAUCUUUGUCAAUGAUGAAACAAAGGCGUUUGCUAAAGGACUGGUGAAUAAUCAUCUGCAUGCUCUGCGUGUGCAACCUCAGAUGUCAGGCAGAGAGCUUCUUCUGGUGGAGGUUACAGUUCACAUGGCUGCAGUUCUCUUGUGUGGAAAUCUGCCUUUACUGGAGCCCCUGCAGCAGCUGGCACUGUCCCCAAACAACAUGACGGCUUCAUUCAUUCCAACUAUGCCGGACGACAUGUUGGCUGUUGCCCAGCAGGCCAUAAAAGGCCCGCAUGGCAUGAAAGACAUCUUUGUCAAUGAUGAAACAAAGGCGUUUGCUAAAGGACUGGUGAAUAAUCAUCUGCAUGCUCUGCGUGUGCAACCUCAGAUGUCAGGCAGAGAGCUUCUUCUGGUGGAGGUUACAGUUCACAUGGCUGCAGUUCUCUUGUGUGGAAAUCUGCCUUUACUGGAGCCACUGCAGCAGCUGGCACUGUCCCCAAACAACAUGACGGCUUCAUUCAUUCCAACUAUGCCGGACGACAUGUUGGCUGUUGCCCAGCAGGCCAUAAAAGGCCCGCAUGGCAUGAAAGCCUGUCCUAAUGGUCAUCCAUGCAUUGUUGAUAUGUGUGGUCUGCCCAUGGAGGUUGCCCGCUGUCUAGAGUGUAAUGCAGAAAUAGGCGGCAUAGACCACAAACCUGUUGACGGCUUCCAAACCAUGCAGAUACAAGCGGACCGUACUCAGUCUGGACACAUUCUGGGUGAUGCACACCGUCGUGACCAGCCUGACAUGCAGGACACUAAGAAUAUGUCACCUGCUCCCUUCGCGCUUCUCAGACUGCUCACACACACGUGCAUGCGGCUGGGAGCUCAAAACAACACACAGAGUGUCAUGCAGAUCAUCAAGCCUGCUGUGCCGGAUCCCGGGCCAUUCCUGAUGGCCCAUCUUUUGAAGGACAUGGAGCAGCUGAUCAGAGCUCUGGGUAAAGGAGUGGAUGAUACGAUCAGUACCAUCCAUUUGACCAUCCACAGUCUACUUGAUCCCCAUCAGGCCAGCCAAUGGCCUGCUCCUUAUGAUGAAACCCUUUCCUCUAAAGAUGCAAGAAAUGGAUGGGAAAAUGCCAUGAAUACUGAUGUCAUUACACAUCAGCUGAAGGUUCUGGAGAAACAGCUAAAGGAAGUGAAUGAAAUCAUCAGGAAAGAUGAGCGAGUGUCUUCUAAUCCAGUGAUGAAGUUGGCAUUUGGGAAACCAGAGCUUUUCCUGCGCUCUUUGCCCCAGAACUCCCUUAUCCAUAAUUCAUCCAUCUGGAGCUGCAGGAGGAAGAUCUCGGCGUUGAGUCUGGCCCACAUUGUGGAACAGAACAAUGGUCAGGACACUUUAUGUAUACUCAGGAGGUUCCUUCAAAGGGAAGCAGAGUUACGGCUAGUGAAGUUCCUUCCUGACAUCUUGGUUCUCCAGAAGGAUUUGGUAAAGAAGUUCCAGAACGUGACAGACCUAACCUCCAAAACCAUAGGAGAGUUUCUGGAUAGCCAUAAAGAAGCUUCACUAGCUUGGUAUAAAAAGUGCAUAAACAUCUUCUUGUCAACAUGGAACCAACUCAGGGUAUCUCUGGCCACCACAGGAGAGAUAAAGCUGCCGGCUGAGUACACUCAGAAGGAUCUGAGUCUGGACGCUGACCUGCAGGUGCUGCUACCACAGAGACGUGGUCUGGGCCUGUGCUCCACUGCCCUUGUCAGCUACCUCAUUGCCCUUCAUAAUGACCUUGUGUACACCAUGGAAAAACACACCGGAGAGGAGUCUGGUUACACGGUAAGCCCAGCUGACCUGACGGAGAUGCAUGUGAUCCAUUAUGAGUAUGAGCGGGAUCUGCUUCCACUGAUACUGUCCAACUGCCAGUACAGCAUGGAGUGCGGACAGGAAACACUGAUGGAGUACGACCUGCCCAAUAUUCAGCAACAGAUCUUCACCCGCUUUCUACAGGGCAAACCUCUCAUAACCCUUAAUGGUAUUCCGACAGUGGUGAACAGACAGGACAGAAUUUAUGAGAUCAUAUUAAUGGAUGUGAAGGGCAAAGUGCCACAAGAGCCGCUGCAGGCUCUUACACAGCACAACCUCGUGAAGGAGCUGCAGUCCUACAGUGAUGUGUGUGAGGCACUGUCUACAGUCGAGCUGGCCCUGGGUUUCCUCGCCAUGACCGGGGGAGAGCCACGGGUGCAGCUGGGCACUUAUUUAGAGGAGGUGCUACAGAUGACUGACAACAUGGCCCCACAUGUCUUCAAGGUUGGUCAUGAACACACACUUUCUUCAUGA